UCCUGUUCUUCCUCUUCUUGUUCUUCUUCUUCUUUUAUUUUUUGUUUCCUUCUUUCUUUGCCAUCUGCGCCUAAGAUUUUGUUAUCAAGAAGGAGAUGGCAUUCAGUGGGACAACAGAGAAAUGCAGGUCUUGUGAUAAGACCGUUCAUUUCUAUGAUAUGACAUCUGCUGAUGGAGUCCCUUAUCACAAGACUUGCUUCAGAUGCAGCAAAUGCAAUGGACUUCUCGUUGUGAGCACCUAUUGUGCAAGGGAUGGAGUCCUUUACUGCAAGCCUCACUUUGAGCAAGUCUGCAAGGCGACUGGCACUUAUACAUCCAAAGAUAAACCUAAGCCUAAUGGACUGCAAAGGGCUCCAAGCAAAGUUGCAGCCAUGUUCUCUGGAACUCAAGAGAAAUGUGGAGUCUGCAAUAAAACUUGCUAUCCACUAGAGAAGGUGACUGUGGAGGGAGAAAUAUAUCAUAAAAAUUGCUUCAGGUGUGCACAUGGAGGUUGCUUCCUUACAACAUCUUCAUACGCCGCAUUAGAUGGUUUCCUCUAUUGCAAGCACCACUUUUCACAGUUGUUCAAGGAGACAGGCAGUUACAGUCACCUCACGAAGACAACUUCGAUGAAGAAACCGUCCAGCGGGGAACCCGAAUCGGAAACGAAACAGGACGAUAACGAAGGGAAAUCUACGGGAACCGAGGCUGAAACUGCUGCGGGUGACCAAUGAUGGAAAUGCUGACAAACUGGAACCUUCAUGGGGACAUCAUUGAGCUUUAAAAUCUCAGUAUUGGGUGUUUGAUCUCUGUAUUGCUUUAAAGUUAAUGUUGUUCUUAUUGGUACGGAGUAUUAUCAGAGGGAAAUUAACCAAGA